CAAGAGCCAGUCUCCUGCCUUGUUUGUAAGCGAAUGGACUUGGUUUGCCAACGAAUGUUAAAUCAGGGAUUUCUGAAGGUGGAAAGAUACCACAACUUGUGUCAAAAGCAAGUUAAAGCUCAGCUUCCAAGGCGAGAGUCAGAGAGAAGAAACCAUUCAUUAGCUCGUCACGCAGACAUCCUUGCUGCUGUAGAAACGAGACUCUCUCUGUUAAAUAUGACUUUCAUGAAGUAUGUGGAUUCCAAUCUCUGCUGCUUCAUACCUGGAAAGGUAAUAGAUGAAAUUUAUCGUGUGCUAAGGUAUGUAAACUCUACAAGAGCUCCUCAGAGAGCUCAUGAAGUUCUUCAAGAACUAAGGGACAUUUCCUCCAUGGCUAUGGAAUAUUUUGAUGAGAAGAUUGUUCCAAUACUGAAAAGAAAGAUGCCUGGGUCAGAUGUAUCGGGACGUCUGAUAGGAACUGCCCCAGGAACUUUAUUAAAAUCAACAUUCCCAAGCUCAAAUUCCAGUAUGGUUUUAGUACUUAGGAAGAGUGAUUCUAAAGAAGCAUGGAAAAUAAAUUCCUUUCUUCUAAAAAUUCCAGGGCCUUCUGCAGCACUGACAACAAUGCAGCUGUUCUCCAAGCAGAACCCCUCAAGACAGGAAGUCACCAAACUCCAGCAGCAAGUAAAAGCGAAUGGCACGGGCUUGACAGCGCUAAAGCGAGAAAUCUCAGAGCUUCGCAUCAAAGUGCAAGAGCAACAGAAACAACUCCAAGAUCAAGAUCAGAAACUGCUAGAGCAAACCCAAAUCAUAGGUGAACAGAAUGCCCGGUUGGCUGAGCUCGAACGCAAGCUGCGAGAGGUGAUGGAGAGUACAGUAGGAAAUUCUUCAGGUUCUGGCUCAAAUGAACAAUCUCCAAGAAAACGGAGGAAGGCAGUUGAAUCCCCAGACUGUCCUAGGAAAUCUAAACGCCUUCGAAACAGAAAAUAACUUGGGAGUAAAUGACACCUUCAGGAGGAUACACUGCUUUAGUAGCCCAAGCAGGUCUGCUUGUUUGGAUACUGUGACUAGCUUCAUGGUGUCACUUAGGCUGCUGGCUCUUCAAAACACCACUUAGACUUGAACAGUAAUUUUCUUUCAUUGAGACUUUUCCCCUGCUUUCUGUAUGGGUGGGCCUAAUGCACAGAAUCUUUAAGAUUUGCAAUAGAUACAUACUAACCAGACCUGCUCUGUUAUGUUUUGAAGGGUUAAUCUUUUUUUCUGUGCAGAUGUGUUUAAAGUAAACUUAUUUGUGUUUAUGCAUAUGUUCACAUAAAAUCUUAAAUAAAUUCAGUCUUAACUGACUAAAAAGUUAAGCGUAAAAACAGAUGUCAUGUUCACUUGAAGGAAAGAUCUGCUUUUAAAAUCUUGUUCUAGAGAACUUGACCUUUUUUUGUUACAAGUGACCUUGUCUGGAAUGUCUGAAAAGUAGUUAAUACUUUUUGGAGAUCUCUGUAAGGAGUAAAACUGACUUCUUAAGCUACAGUAUUGGCUAUAUAUUUUUGUAAACUUAGAAAGGAAGGGCCUUCUAUCCAGUCUUCACAUGCACACACCCUGGUUCUAGGUCUUGGGAGCCAUAUUCUGCAUUUGCAUGGAUAGAUGCAUGUACAGCUUAGCCUGCUAAAAGCACUUGCCUGAAAUUGUUCUUAACUCUGGGAGAGUCAAGACACCUAUAAAGCAAUUUGUUUGUUCCUCAGCCAUAACUUAGCACCUGCUUUCAGCACAACUGCUUUCUUACAAUGAGGUGGACUUAGGAAGCUCCUUGCAGAAGAGCUUGGACCCAGGCUGUCUGCCACUUUCACUGCCUGCAGAUUGCAGGUAUUGUUAGCCAAAGCUGGAGAAUUGAGAAGCUGCCUAUGCAUCCCUUGAUUCAUGGGCCAACAUCUAACAAGUAUCAGACAAACUGUCCCUACAGUAACCAAGCUCCGGGGGACACUGAUUGAAUGAAAUGCUGUAGUAUGGAAAAACUUAAAACUAUUUUGUGU